CUUUCCUAGGAAUGAGGGGAUUCCUGGAGGGGGAGACAAUAUAUACUGCGAGUGCUGCUGUCACUCGCGAGACGUGAGCGAUCGCGGUUGUCCUGUCUGUCUGUCCGUCCGUCUUUCGUUGCAGCUGUGUCCCUUACACACAGGCUCGGUCGCUUCAUUCGCUUCAUUAUACCGAUAGUUUCUAUUUCAUUCGUGUUGAUAUUCUGCUGGUACAUAACAUAACACAACAUAAAAAAACCUUUGUCACAAUGAGGUCUUUCACCCAGGCUCUCUCGCUCGCCGCCGGCCUGUCCCUGUCCUUUGCCAAUCCCACCCCGGCCGUCUCCCCGCGACAGACCGGCUCCAAGAACCUGAUCGUCUUCGGCGACUCCUACUCCACCGUCGGUUUCUGGCCCGGCGGCACCCUCCCGGCCGCCGGGAACCCGCUCGGCAACCCCGGGCUGCCGGGUCAGACCACCUCGAGCGGUCUCAACUGGGUCGGCCACCUCACCAGCACCCUCAACACCUCGCUGGUCCUGACAUACGACUUCGCCGUCACGGGCGCCACCACCGACAAGGACAUUGUCGAUACCUACGCCCAGUUUUGCGUCGAUGAUCAGGUCGCGCAGUACACCCAGUACGCCUCCGCCAAGGUCGACAAGGCGAACACCCUUGUCGCCGUCUGGAUCGGCAUCAACGACGUUGGCGAGCCCUUUUGGGACAGGCAGUCCGCGCCGGUCGCCAAGAUCAUGGACCGCUACUUCGAGCUGCUCCAGACCCUCGCCGACGACGGCCUCGCCAAUUUUGUCCUUCUUACUGUCCCUCCCUUCUCUGACCAGAUCCCUGCCAUGAUCGGCCAGUCCGAGACUGACCUGGCCCGUCUGCGCUCUGACAUCGCCGCCUACAACGCGGCCCUUAAGACCCGCCUCGCCGCCUUCACGUCCGCCAACAGCGGCGUCAAGGGCCUCGUCUUCGACACCAAGCCCUCGUUCGACACCGUCGUCGGUAACUUUGCAAAGUACGGCGCCAGGGACGCCACUUGCUACGGCUCGAGCGACUGCCUGUGGGCCGACAACUACCACGCCGGCCUGGCCAUCCACAAGCUGCUCGCCGAGAACCUGGUUAAGGGGGUUGCCGCCAACUUUGUGUUCUGAUGGGAGUGAGUGGGGCGCGGGGGUUAGCAGUAGACAUGAGUUUCCUUAUGAUGAGUCAGGUACACGAAGUCUAUAGAGACUUUAUUUGACGACUCUGGCUGCCUUCUACCUAAGCCUCUUCCAAACCACUGUAAAAUCUGUUGAUAUAACAUUCACUAUGCCGUUGACAGACCCAGAGAGCGGUCUUCGUGAAUCCUACCAGAGACUGCCCCAAUGACAAACACCCGCCGCAUUCACGUCCGCGCACC